CAGUCCGGAAGAGAGCGCUGGUAACUGGGCGGGCCGCCGGGUAGCCGCAGGUGGAGCCUGGAGCAGUGGCCAAGGAACGGAGCCCGAACCCUGAGUCCCCGAAGCUCCGAAUCCCCGAAGCCCUGCACGGGGACCCGCCAGGAUGCCCCGCGGGGACUCGGAGCAGGUGCGCUACUGCGCGCGCUUCUCCUAUCUCUGGCUCAAGUUCUCGCUCACCAUCUACUCGACGGUGUUCUGGCUCAUCGGGGCCCUGGUGCUGUCUGUGGGGAUCUACGCCGAGGUCGAGCGGCAGAAGUACAAGACCCUGGAGAGCGCCUUCCUGGCGCCCGCCAUCAUCCUCAUCCUCCUGGGCGUCGUCAUGUUCCUGGUCUCCUUCGUGGGCGUGCUGGCCUCCCUGCGGGACAACCUGUACCUCCUCCAGGCGUUCAUGUACAUCCUUGGCAUCUGCCUCAUCAUGGAGCUCAUCGGUGGCGUGGUGGCCUUGAUCUUCCGGAACCAGACCAUCGACUUUCUGAACGACAACAUCCGACGAGGGAUCGAGAACUACUACGACGACCUCGACUUCAAGAACAUCAUGGACUUUGUUCAGAAGCAGUUCAAGUGCUGUGGCGGGGAGGACUACCGAGACUGGAGCAAGAACCAGUAYCACGACUGCAGCGCCCCCGGGCCGCUGGCCUGCGGGGUGCCCUACACCUGCUGCUUCAGAAACACGACAGACGUUGUCAACACCAUGUGCGGCUACAAAACCAUCGACAAGGAGCGCCUCAGCGUGCAGGACGUCAUCUACGUGCGGGGCUGCACCAACGCUGUGCUCAUCUGGUUCAUGGAUAACUACACCAUCAUGGCGGGCCUCCUGCUGGGCAUCCUGCUCCCCCAGUUCUUGGGGGUGCUGCUGACGCUCCUGUACAUCACCCGCGUGGAGGACAUCAUCAUGGAGCAUUCUGUCACUGACGGACUUCUGGGCCCGGACGCCAAGCCCAGCGCGGACACAGCGGGCACAGGCUGCUGCUUGUGCUACCCCAAUUAGGGCCAGGGCCUGGACACCCACUCCAGCAGGACCUGGCUGGGUGGCACCUCUCAGUCCACUUAGUGGCUGGACAGGACUGCACCACGGCCCUGUGCCCGGGUGGAGUGCCCCUGUGGGCGGCUUCUCCAGGCCACACACUCUGGGUUCCGUGCCCACCCUGCCAGGAGAGAGAGCGUGGCGUCCCUGCUCCGGAUCUGGGUCAUGAGGGAAAGAGGAACUCGGGGCUCAGCUCGGGGCCCACUUUAUUUCCGGCGGUGCCCUGGGAUUGCGGUCAGUAGGCCCCUUCAAGGGCAGUUCUGCUGUGAUUUGCCAGUCUGGGGAGACAGUGGCAGGAGGGGCAGGGGGUAGCCCUCCCAUGCCCCAGAUCAGGUCGGGCCGUUUCUCAGCCUCCGUAGGUGCCUUCAGCCCUCUGCAGGGGCAGCUGUUUUGCUGACCUGUUUUCUAUGUGAGUUUUGUAACAUUCAUGUUCUGUGCAGAGUUCACAGGACUUUCUGACUGUGCAGAGCCGGGCAUUUUCCCGCUUUGGCUCCAAGUCAGUUCAUUAA